AUGAAGGAAAAGUAUGUGGAUGGUCUUGCUAUCGACAAGAAGGAUAAUGUGGUAAACCGACUGCUUCUGAGUAUAGCUUAUGUAAUUUGCAUGCAGAUAAAUGUCAUGUUAAAGCCUAAUAUCACCGAAAAAAGCUGGAGAAGAUGGCGCAAAAUGGAGUUAUAG